GGUUGUCUGUGUCUAUGUGUCAGCCCUGUGAUGACCUGGCGACUUGUCCAGGGUGAACCCCGCCUUUCACCCGUAGUCAGCUGGGAUAGGAUCCAGCUCGCCUGCGACCCUGUAGAAGGAUAAAGCGGCUACAGAUAAUGAGAUGAGAUGAGAGAGAGAGCUGAAGCGUAAAGGAGAAAGAGAGAGAACGAUAACGAAAAGGCAGGAAAAGAGAGGAAAAUAUAAAAAGUAAAAGGAAGGGGAGAGAAAGUGAGAACACACUUAUGCUCUCUCUCUCUCUCUCUCUCUCUGUGCGUUUGGUCUCUCCUUCCCCCAUUCACAUGCUAAUCAGUGCUCUAUAAAUGGAGUCGUACUCAGAACAGCACAAACUCCUCCACACACACACACACAACUUUCCCUCAGAAAUAAAGUAAAGUUUGAGAGUCAUGACAGCAGCGAGUGCGACCCUGAGUGCAGACAGACAGAACAGCAGCAGGGACGAGAGGAAGCUGAGGAAGCCUCUGAUCGAGAGGAAGAGGAGAGAGAGGAUUAAUCACUGCCUGGAGCAGCUCAGAGAGACGGUGGUGGGAGUCUUUGGGCUCGACCAGUCGAAGUUGGAGAAGGCUGAUAUUCUAGAGAUGACAGUUAAACACCUACACAACAUCCAGAGUCAUAAAGUUACAGAGCCGAUUAUGGACCCGGAGGCGCAGCAGCGGUACAGCACCGGCUACAUCCAGUGCAUGCAUGAAGUCCACAACCUGCUGCUGUCCUGCGACUGGAUGGACAAAACGCUCGGCGCUCGUCUCCUCAACCACCUGCUCCGCUUGCUGCCCAAAUCCCCUCCAGCCAAACCCUCAUUCACUAACUCCGAGCCAGGAACACUCCGCAUCAGCGACAUGGAUCACUCCUCAUCACCGCCCAGAGUAGCUCCGCCCACUCAAACCUCAAAUGACCCCGCCAUAUUUACUAGGCCGCCUCCCACCAAAAGUCCACCAAUAGCUCUGGAAAUGUGGAGACCUUGGUAGACCUGUGUGUGUGUGUGUGUGUGUGGUAGACCCUCCUCUGCUAUGUAUCUUAUAGAUAUACCUGUUGGUGAGUGUGUGGUCCAGAUUAGCGCCUCUUUCCUGAACCUCGUUACUUCCUGUCUGAAGUAAACUUCCUGUAGCCUGCAUUGUAGAAGGCAGUUAAUGGUCCUGUGUUUAUUUAUUUGAUUAACACUGUAAUUUAUUGGAUUAAAUAAUAUCCAGCGCUCACUCUCUGUCUGCUGGCUGAUUAAUACUGUAGAGCCUGUGACCUCGAUGCUGUAUGUAAUA